AUGAAGGUAUUUCCGACACACUGCUAUAACACACAAAGGGUCACCAUCUACUCACGGUUUAUAAAGAACAGCUGCAGGAAAUGGCAUUUCCUGCAGCUGUUCUUUAUAAACCAUCUCGUGGUAAUAAACAGUGACUGGUUCAUAGGAUACUUUGUGGGGAACACAACGUGGCUGAUUGCCAUCGGCUAUUAUCUCUACAUCUCAUUCUUGGGAUACAACGCUCUUCCCUUCCUGAAGAACACGGUGGCGCUGCUGUACCCCUUCGCUCUGCUCGUCAUCGUCUACACCCUCUCCUUGUCUCUGGGCUGGAACUUCACACAGGGCCUCUGCUGGUUCUACAAGUACAGGGUGCAGUAGGGGCCUUUUGUCUCUGAGGCGGGACACACAAACCAAUGAAUCUCCAGCUUCUUCCAGUCUGUGGGAAGGACUCGAGUCUAAGGACGAGCUUGUUGAUUUUCUGUCUGGCUCCGGUGUGGAUUCGGAGCUCUUGAGGAUGUGUUUGGACUAGUUACAGAAAACAGGACGACGGAUGAGAUGCAGCUUUUAUUGUUGUUUCUUUUUGUAUGAUUUGUAAAUAUUUCUGGCAGGUUGUAAUAUAUGAUAUUAACAGAUGAUUGUUUCCGAAGAGCGUUGUUUUUUUUUCUUUAAAAUAAAUCCUGCUUGUUGAAGAGAAAGUAGAGGGACAUGGGAUGGACACUUUUCUUUCUUCCUUUCUCUGAAUGAAGUGUACAUUCCUGAGCACUUUCAAUAAAAAGUUUUAUUAA